GCGCCCAUCUAGUCACCACGACCGCGACGUCAAGCAGUUGCUCGAUGUCCAAGUCGACGAAUAGUAGAGAUUCAAAUUCCCCAGCAAGUAUCGGCCGCACCUCCGGACCUCGCUCUCUCAAUUCUCUUUCGGCACAAGGCACUGCUCACCAUACUCUCAGUAGAACGCCGUCUCAUGAAUCCCUAAACAUUGCACACCCACUUCUCUCGACCAGUCCUACGACUGGUGCGAGUCCAAGCUCCAGUACAACGAACCUGAAUGCUACUGCCUGGGACAACGGCUUUAGCUCCCCAUCAGGAGGAACAACGACACUGGGAUAUGUUCCUUAUACGCCAAGACAUCGACCACCUUCAUCACAUUUGAGCCACGGCCAUUCUGCGACAUCGACAUCGACAUCGCCCUCACCAUCUGUACUGGUGACCCCAGCCAUUCCGGCCACGCACAUACAAAAUGUCGUCAACCGUAGUCCUGGAAUAGGCGGGUCACAUCAUCCCGGUGAUGCCACCGCCAAGUUACAGUUAAUGAGCCUGAAGUCGGCUGCCCAAGGGCUAGGAUUGGAUGUUGGUAGCACCGGAUGGGGAAUCGUCGAGAGACUGGUUGGCAUCGUUGGUGGCUCUGGUAACGAAAGUGAGGAAGAGGAAUGGCGAGAGAUAUGGGUUACACUGAGCAACGGAAAAGCGACGCUUGUUCUUCCAUUAGAUCCUCUUAGCUCUCUGGGGCCACACAUGUCGAUUUCGAGGAAUGAUAAAGAAAGGGAUCGCUCUCGGGGAAGUGUAAUAAAUGCUCAAUUCAUUUCGCCGGAGUUCGUGAAAAAUCACAUACUGUUCAUCGAUCCGUCGGAUAGAAAGGAGAAUGGGUUGACUCAGAUCGUCACACUAUCUGGCCUCAGAGGUUUCAUUUCAUCGCCCGAUCCAAUGACGCAGUCCGCCUCAAUCUUCAUCAACUCAACCCUCCACCCAGCUACAAGAUCUUUCAAGGAGAUAUCACACCCCAACACUCGCGCUGCCGGCUUUGCCUCCUUACUCCCUCAACGAUCCUCUUCGGCCUCCGUUUCGGGAUACCCAACUUAUACCUUGCCAACGCAUACCAAAACUUUCACACUUCCCCCUCGAAGUCCCUUUUCCCCAUAUGACCCGAACAAGAAACCUCCAUUGCCACCUCGUCGGCCUGGAAGCACCCCUUCGACGGCUGUGCCUGUUACCCAGGGACCUUCAACACCAAGCGGCGGUGGAGGACGCCUAGCGGGUCUCGUCAGCCUUUUUGGUCGAUCAGGAUCGUCCAACAAUAGCCCACAGUUAUCGUCCUCGCCUGCGUCCACAGACGGGUUCGUUGGUGCACCCGGUGGCAGUAGACCUCCAUCUAUAUUAAGUGUCUCAGAUAAAGCGAGCAUCGAUGAGGACGCUGGUGUAGUACCAUUAUCCUCCUCAUCGUUGAUAGUUCCCGCCUACUCGGUCUCGACUAGCAUCCAUACGCAAGAAGUGUUAAGGGGUAUAUGGGGUGGAUGUUGCAGUGAUGUUACGGUCGCUCUUUCUUCCCCGUCUUCUGGGGAAUCACCAAUGCCAACCUUAUUCUCGAUGCCAAGUUUGGUCAUCAAGCGUGUAUUGGAGUUCAUGGAUCAAGGUCAUGUUUUCCCCGUUCUCAGAAUCCCCACCAGGUCAGAUUCAGAUUUGGGCGGUUCGCUACGCUCUAGAAGACGGAAGAGCGGUGAGAGGGAUAGAUAUGAAGUCAAUGGAUAUGGCAGUGUACUCUGGAGAGAUAUCGAGGACGUUGCUGACAGGUGGCAGAUCUUUUACGCGGACUUGGAGGACGAAGUUAGGGCUGCACCGCGGAAAUUGGAGCAAAAUAAACCGCAGUCUUCAAAAAAGAAGGAUCGCGAGGAGGCCUUGGUGGAUGAGAGCGAGAAGGAAUCCUUGGUGUCGACCUCGGUUGGUAGUGAGAAGGACGUUGAGGAAGAUGAGAAAAUGCUUCUUACUGCGCACGAAAGAGAGGAAGAGGAAGAGAAAAGAGUUAGAGAAAUCAUGGAACGGGUGGAAAGGGUUGUCUGUGCUUGCUGUGGUUUAUAUGGAAGACUGUUCCCCCAGCCCUCCCCUCAAUGUAUCUCCCCACAUCCCCCGCCAUCUGCAGAUGAUGUUACAGAAACUGAAGCGACUGAUUCUGCUCACGAUGAAGCUCUGGCUUCACGAAUUGCUGCGCUCAAUCUCGUUGAUCUUGGUCUAACUGAUCUGGAUAUUGACACUCCCACCUCCAAAAAUCAGGAAGAAGCGCUGUUUAUCGUCGUGAAAGAGUGUGGAAACACGUUGAGCACGCUAGAGGGCGCUCUUUCCCCGAAGGACAAGGCCGCUGUAUUAGUCAGGGCGCAUCAGGCACUAGUGGAUGGUCUGGGUAAGCUACCUGAGCCAGUGCACAUGAAGAGUGAAGAGGAAAUUGUAUUAGAGGGGGAUGGGAAGAAGGUGAAGGUGAAUGAGGAGCCUGCGACUAGUGAUCGUGCACCUAUUCUUGGCGGAGAAGAGGUUAUGUCCCCUCAGUCUGAAGGGGUAGCUGUUCCGGUUUCUACAGCAUCAGCACUAUCAGCAAAACCCGAAAAUCCGCGGCAACAAGCACUAUCCCUUGACACCCUUAUGCCGCUCCUCAUCCUCUCCGUCGUCAAGGCCAACCCACCGCAUCUUAUUUCACAUCUUCUCUAUACUCAAAGGUUCCGAAACCGCUCCUUUGGUGGCGAAGAAGCCUAUUGUCUUGUCAACCUCAUGGCUGUAGCAGAAUUCAUUGGUGCACUAGAUCCCAUGACGAUAACUUCUAACCGUGAAGGGGAUGUCUCACGAGCACCAGGAUCUGGCCCAAUACCCAUACCUGCUCCCACCAGUCGUCCGGGUUCACGCUUAUCGAUGGUUGCACAAGUCCCUCUGCCAGCUACACCUGUGGGUUCUGUUGGUUCUACAUCGAUAUUAUCAUCAACCUCCUUCACUCUACGUCAUCGUGUGGAACAACAGGUCGAUGCAUUGUCUAAUUCUGCUAAUAAAGUUCUUACGGGCGUUACUGGGGUAGUGGAUACUUCCUUUGAGCUGUUCAAGAGUUUCACUUUACCGGCGAUCAAGGUUGGAUCUCAGGCCGAGUCGUACGUACCAGUAGAGACGGAUGGGACUAUUGCACCUUGGAAUGAAGGGAAGCAGGUGUUAGUUAGGCGGGAUACGGGCGGGUUUUCGAUCCGAGGGUUAAAGUUGCCUGGGUUAGGCGGGGCUGGUGGUGGCAGCGGAAAGGCAAGAGAGGAAGAGAUGGUGAGUGUAUCAAAACCAGGAAGUGUGAGGAGUAGGAAAUCGAUUGGUUCGAGGAUGGCCGCUUCGGAUUACGAGGAUGAGGAUGAGGAUGUCGAUGAGAAAGACGACUCGGAAGGGGAUGACGAUGGUCAGGAUGAAGAGGAUAGUGGGAGUGAGGAUGAUGAAGGUGGUGAUAAUGAGGCCGAUCGUGAAGGAGAAGACUAUUUCUCUAGCGGUGGGGGAGACGCCAGAAGUAUCAGGAGCUUUGAGAGUAUGAUGAGUUCCCGCAGGAAGAACGCUAGUAAGGGAUCAGAAUUCGGAAGAUCGGCAAAGGAAGUAGCUGGUGCAGCAAGGAAGAGUUUAAGUGAUAGAUUGGCCAAGGUUUCGGGUGGAAUUGGAGGGGGAGGUAGGACUGGGUCCGGUAGUACCAAGAUUUCUUUACAGUCGGACUCACCAACGGCGGGUUCCUUGCUGCUAGGUGCACAACUUCCUGUUUCGAACCGCUUUGACGCCCCUGUAUCGUUGUCUCGUCCUCAAUCUCCUACAGCUAACCCCAUAACAUUGUCGCUCAGCUUGGCACCGCCAAAGAAACGAUUUUUAGAAUGUACUUCAGUGGAUGAGUUACGUCUGAAAGAUGUCGCCGAACUCUUAACGGAGUAUAAAAGAUUGGUUGAUGGUAUAAGAAGUGUCGGUGGAUUUACUGAGGAAGAAGAUAGCUAGACUAGAGCUCGGUGUUUGUUGUACGCAUAUUUGUUUCGUUCCGUCGACCUUUAUCGCUACCGCGGAUGUGAUAUAGAGUUCUUUCUGCCACUUUUUACCAACGUGGUUUGUUGGUGGUUUGAACAGUUAGUGGUCGUGUUCGUUCUGUUCGAUAGGAUUAUAAGACACAGUCAAAGCGGAAGUACAUACGCGUUAGUACGAAGUAAUGG